GACAGCCGUGAGAUGCUCAAGCUGGUCACCGAGACGCACGCGAAGGCCAGCGCCGAGGACCGCGAGCGCACUCGCUGGAAGCCUUGGUCACUGGUGAGGAGGGACCUGUUCCAGGAGGGGAUCCAGGACCGCAAGGAGCAGGUCAUCGAGUUCCGCAGGCGGGCGAUGAGCAGACAGUACGCGGUGGAACCCGACCCCCGCCAGAAAGGCGGCUUCCUCAUCGCAGAGUACCAGGGGCUGUUCGAGGGCACCGUGUUGGCCAAGAGCACGGAGGCCAGCGCGGAGAAGGCCAACGUCGAGAUGGCUUUGUCGGCCAACGAGCUCGAAGCAGCGCUCCAGGCCAUGACGCAGAGCGUCAGCAGCUCCCUGGGUUCGUUCGAGGCGCAGGUCGAGGUGGCUGUCGAGGCGAAGGCAAGUGCCCGCGUGGAGAUGAUGGAAGACCUAGAGGCGAAGCAGCUGGCCAGGGUGGUGGAGCGGACGCUGGGCGCCUUGACUGGCGCCCUGGACUUGCAGAUCGCCGAGGGGGUCAGCGUGCUCGAGCACAUGCAAAGUAAGCUGUCGAAGAAAGACAUGGAGGACGAGCCGUGGAAGCUUUUCAAGUUGAAGCUAGACAGCCUCGCCGAUGCUGGAGCAGUGGAGUCUGCGAAGAUCAAGGAUAAGUGCGCUGCGUUGUCCAAGGCGAUCGAGGAUGGAGGUUGGGGCCAGUCCAUCAACAACGUGAAAGAGGAGCUGAAAUCCAUCGCCGCCGAGCAGCGGCCUCCGACCUCGCACCAGAGCUUGACGAGAAAGAUGUUGAUGGAGGCCCGCCAGCUCUUGGCGAAAGCCGCCAGCGGUGGCAAUAAGAAGAGGAAGGCUGAGAAUACCGUCGCCGUUGACAUCGGAGAGUCUUCGCAGGACUACCGCCCGGCGCUCAACAUUGUCAAGGCGUCGUUGGCCGAGCUUGAACUGGGGAAGCCCAUCCUUCUCGAUGUUUCCGAGUUCAGCAAGAAGUUGAUGGCCGAUUCUGGCUUCGAGAUUUUAUUCAAGUGGAUGAAAGACAAGAUGCAAUCCUGA